UCCAGAUAACGUUCUAAGCGUCGCGAGUUUGAAACGAUUUGUUACUGUGUUCCAUUAUAAAGCGAAAAAUGAAAGUGCUUGUGCUAUUGUGCGCCUAUGGCGUAAUAUCCGGCGUCUUGGCGGAUUUCGUUGAUGACCCGGAUGUACAACUGCCAUCAUACAUGCGCAUUUGCAAUCGUGACGACCCUGAACUUGGACGGUGCAUUAAGGAUUCCGUUCAACGGUUGCUUCCGGAGUUGCAUACAGGCAUACCAUCGAUUGACUUCCCAGCCAUCGAUCCGUUCACUCAGGAUAGCAGCUAUUUCGAGUAUCAAAAUCAACAAAUUCAAGGUUCGAUGCACAUCAAGAACGCCAAAACCUACGGAUUAAGUCAGGCCAAAAUUCAAGAUGUUCGUGCAACCACCGAUGACGACUCGUUCCAAAUGGAGGUCGACGUCCGCUUUCCAAAGCUCAUCACAGAGGGCAAAUUCAAGGGUGAAGGACGUUUUAAUACGAUCAAAGUCGCGUCGAAGGGCUAUUUCAACAUAACGACAGCGGAUGUCUCGACCACAUGGAAAAUUUCUGGCAAAACUAGCGAACGCAAUGGCGAGCAGUACCUGCUUAUCGAUAAAUUUGAUAUGAGUCCAGAGGUCGGAGAUAUGAAAAUCUACGCUACGGGACUGUUUCCAGAUGCAGGACUAAAUCAAGUCGCCCUCGAUUUUGUCAACCAAUACUGGCCUUCGCUUUACAAACAAAUGCUACCGGAAACGCGACGAUCGUGGGAACCAAUCAUGCUGGAUGUGAUCAACAAGAUGUUUAACAGGGUUCCCUACCGUCGGCUAUUACCAAAAUCAGGUUCAGACAGUUUUUAAAAUAACAUUGUAAUUAUUGAUUGUAUAAAACUCUUUUGUUAUCAAAAUAAAGCUGAAGAUCAUUUUGGAUUUUCAGUAUAUUUUUUUUUA